AUGGAUCGAAAAAUGUUUAACUUAGUAGUUUUUAUAGAUCUAAAAAAAACAUUUGACACCGUAGAUCACGAAAUUCUACUUGAGAAAAUGCAAAUUUACGGUAUUAAAGAUAAGGCACAUUUGUUGCUGAGAUCAUAUCUUACUGAUCGCACCCAAAAAUGCCAAGUAAAUGGUGUUGUCUCGUCUGAACACAAAGUUAAGUGUGGUGUUCCUCAAGGCUCCAUUUUAGGUCCUUUAUUUUUCCUAAUAUAUAUAAAUGAUUUAUCUGAAAGCCUAAAUAGGACAAAGCCAAGACUUUUUGCAGAUGACACAAACCUCACUGCUUCCGGUGGUACAAUUGAUGAUGUUGUAAAUGCAGUGAACUCUGAUUUGGAAAACCUCAGAAUGUGGUUAAACGCGAACAAAUUGAGUCUAAACAUUGCCAAAACUGAAUUUAUGCUCAUAGGAUCAAGAUCUCUAGUGCAUACUGUUUCAGAUUCAAAUUUAAACAUAAUGAUUGAAAACAGACCAAUUAAACAAGUGAACGAAUGCAAGACACUAGGAGUAAUAGUUGAUCAGCAUCUCUCUUGGAAAAGUAACACUGAGAGUAUCUGUAAGAAAAUCACAUCGGCCAUUUCUGUUAUUAGAAAACUAAAAGAAUUUGUUGACCGUGAUACACUUGUUUCUAUAUUUAACGCAAUUGUACAACCAUACUUUACUUAUUGUUGUGAAGUGUGGGACAUUUUUGGUGAAACUCAAUCACAACGAUUACAAAAGCUUCAAAAUAGAUGCGCUCGAAUUAUUAUGGACAUGGGUAACGAAGUUAAUGCCCAAAUCGCAUUAAAUUCGUUAGGAUGGGAGAUACUAAAAGUACAAAGAACUAAAGCUAAGGCAAAAUUAAUGUUCAAAAUUUUGAAUAUGUCUGGGCCUAAAAGCCUAACAGACCUUUCUACCUACAAGAAUGAGAAUACGCAUUACUGUCUCCGUGACAAUGAAACAACACUCGUUUUGCCACAGCCCCGCACAAAUAGCAUGAAAAAGAGUUUUAUGUUUAAUGGGGCAAAAAUAUGGAACUCAGUGCCUAAAGAAAUCAGAGGAAUUAGGUCCCAGUCUCUAUUUGAAAGAAAAAUUGCUGCUCAUGUUUCUAAAUAAUAUAUUUAUACAUACAUAUAUAUAUCCUUUAUUGUAAACAGUUAUCUAUAUGUUUUGUUAGUUGUCUAUAUUGUCAAUUUUGUCAAUUGGAACAGUUAGAUUAUUUCUAUUUUCAUUUAUUUGAUUCCAUAAAAGUCAUAACAACACUUAUAUAUAAUAACUUUUGAACACACGCCCUUCGUGGAAAUCAAUGUUUUUAAUUGACGUAGUUAGCGUGUCAAAAUAAAAUCUAUCUAUCUAUCUAUCUAUAUUUAUGCAAUUACUACGUGCAUAAAUAUACUACUUCCAUGGCCAUCUUGCACUUGUAAUGUUAGCAAAAUUCGUAACAGGGCGUUAGGAUUUCCACCACAUUGAAAACAAGGCGCUUUAUUAAUAUUUUUUAAACGGUCUCAGUGACCGAGGGUUUUCUGUUAUUUUUUACGAAAAUAGUAGCAAAUUCUCCCUUGGAAGGCAAUGACUGGGGCAUUACCAUAAACUGAUGUAGUUUGACGUUCAUUUGCUUCAUAUCUUUCCUCUAUUAGAAACUACGCCGACUUGAGAAUGACUUCAACUCGUUUUUCCGAUGCAACAAUUCCACAACAUCCUUUUCUGGAAGAAAAUAACUGGAGCGGCUCGCAUAAUGAUGGCUAUUGCUCCGAGUCUGUGGGACUCUCUAAACCAACUGGAACAAAAGUAAAAGUUAUCACGAAGUAUAACCCAUAUGGCUACACACCCAUCAUGGCCUGCAACAAACACGAUCAAAUGAUUGGGAUCUCGUUACGCGGUGAUCAGUUUACUCUUGUGGUCUUUGACAGCGACUGCAACAUACUGGCAAAAGCAAGUGCAGGAACUUAUGAAUCUGCAGCAAUAUUUGCCGGAGGGUAUUUCUACCUCAAUCAAGAUGGAAAUACUGUUGUGAUUGCAGACGGCCAAAUUAAAUGCUUUAACACCGCUCGCGUUACGAAAAGCAACGACGGCCAGAUCUCCUCCAUUCAUCUGAAGUGGAAAAGUGAAAAAAUCGCAAGCCUAAUUGCUGAAAAGUUGCCGAACCAGGAAAAGAAUAAACUCUAUUGCUGCAUGCCCGUGUGGAAUAAAGAUAUCAGAAUAAGAAUAUCGUCGAAGUUGUUUGAAAUUGGUCCCUAG